AUGUCUGCGGCCACCAAGGCCGCGUGGCGCGAGCCUACUAAAGAGGACAAACCUCCCAAGGAUGCUGACCUGCAAACGGCGUGGAACUUUCUCAAGAAUGGUGUCGAGCACAUCAUGACGCGCCUGCAGUUAGGCAUGUCCUACCAGUACUACAUCAUCCUGUAUACGACCAUCUACGACUACUGCACCGUCUCGAGCCGCGGCGGCGUCAGCCUCACGGCCAAGGGCGGCGCGAGCUUACAGGGUGCAGACUUGUACAAGAAGCUCAACGCGUUCCUCACCGACCACUGCCGUCAGAUGCGCGAGGAAGGCGAACGUCUCUCGGACAUCGAGUUGAUCAAGUACUACGCGCGUCAGUGGGAGCGGUACACCACCGGGGCUGGGUACCUUCACAAGCUGUUCAACUACCUGAACAAGCACUGGGUCAAGCGCGAAAAGGACGAGGGGAGGAAGGAGGUUUACACUGUGUACACUCUUGCCCUCGUGGCCUGGAAGAAGAACUUCUUCAAGUACAUCCAGAAGAGCGGCUCUGAGCCGUCGCGCCUCACACAGGCGGUGCUCAAGCAGAUUGAGCUGCAGCGCAACGGCGAGACGAUCGACAACUCGCUACUGAAGAAGGUCAUCGAGAGCUACGUCGCUCUCGGCAUCGACGACGCCGACGUGCAGCGCGAGAACCUCGACGUCUACGCGGACUGCUUCCAGAAGUACUUCAUCGAGGCGACACGUAAGUACUACGCGCAGGAGUCGGCUGCGUUCGUCUCCAACAACUCGGUGCCCGACUACAUGAAGAAGGCCGAGGACCGCUUGAAGGACGAGCAGGACCGCAUCAACCUCUACCUGCACGACUCUACACGGCGCGAGCUCAAGGUGACUUGCGAGCAGGCCCUUAUCAAGGCACACGAGAAGAUCAUGCAGGACGAGUUCCAGCCUCUGCUCGAGGCUGACCGCGAGGCCGACUUAGGCCGCAUGUACGGCCUCCUCCUGCGCGUCAACGCUCUCGACUUGCUGCGUACCAAGUUCGAGGAGCACGUCAAGAAGGCUGGUCUUGCCGCAAUCGAGCGCGUCAUCCCCGCGCCGGGAGCAGUCAACGAGGCGGGCAAGCCUGAGGUCUUAGACCCCAAGGCGUACAUCGAGGCACUUCUCUCGGUACACAGCAAGUUCCACGAGAUCUUGGACGGGCCUUUCCACUCCGAAAUCGGAUUCAACGCGUCCCUCGACAAGGCGUGCAGCGACUUCACCAACUCGAACUCGGUUGCCAAGACGGCGACCAAGUCGCCCGAGCUCCUCGCCUCGUACUGCGACCAGCUUCUCAAGAAGAGCAACCGCGACAUUGACCCCGAGGCGCUCGAGGGUUCGCUCACCAAGGCCAUGAUCAUCUUUAAGUUCAUUGACGACAAGGACGUGUUCCAGAAGUUCUACCAGAAGAAGCUCGCGCAGCGUCUGGUCAACUCGAUGUCGGCGUCCGACGACUCUGAAGGGUCGAUGAUCUCCAAGCUCAAGGAGGUCUGCGGCUACGACUACACGACCAAGCUCACUAGGAUGUUCAGCGACGUCAGCGUCGGUCGCGACCUCACGGAGAAGUUCAAGGAAAAGGAGCGGCGCGAGGGACAGGGCGACGACCUCGACUUCUCUAUCAUGGUCCUUGGUACCACGUUCUGGCCUCUUGCACCACAGCAAACCGACUACGCCGUCCCGCGCGAGAUCCAGCGCACGCACGAGCGGUUCACCAAGUUCUAUAACGACGUCCACUCUGGCCGCAAGCUUACGUGGCUGUGGCACGUGUCGAAGAACGAGCUCCGCACGACGUACCUCCAGCAGAAGUAUAUCUUCAUGACGUCCGCGUACCAGAUGGCGAUCCUUACGCAGUUCAACGAGAACGACUCGCUCUCUUACAAGGAGCUCGCGGACGGCACCAAGAUUGACGACAAGAUUCUCAGACCCCAGCUCAACCUCUUGGUCAAGGCCAAGGUGCUGCUGAACGACGGCGACACGUACGACCUGAACCUCAACUUCCGCUCCAAGAAGAUCCGCGUGCAGCUUAACCACCCCGUCAAGGCGGAGCAGAAGGCCGAGGCGACCGAGGUACUCCAGGCCGUCGACGAGGACCGCAAGUUUGUGUACCAGGCGACGAUCGUCCGCAUCAUGAAGGCGCGUAAGACGAUGAAGCACCAGGGCCUCAUCCAGGAGGUUGCGCAGAGUAUCUCGACCAAGUUUACACCCAAGGUCUCGGAGAUUAAGAAGGCAAUCGACUACCUCAUCGACAAGGAGUACCUCGAGCGUGGCGACACGAAGGACACCUACAACUACCUGGCCUAA